UGCCCCUAUUAGGAUGGGAUUUCGUCACCGACCUUUGUCGAAUCUGUGAAAGAGUGCUCUUUUUCUUCUUUCUUUCUUUUUUUUCUUGUUUCUUUCGCCACAAAAACAAAUUAACACACUAAAAAAGAUCAUGUCGACCACAACAGGCUCGUCUGCACCUCGAUUCCAAGCUUUUGAAACCAUGGCCGGUCCCAUUACCAGGGAACAGACUGUGGAAGAACGUUAUGGCAUUCCCGAGAACUUUUUAGAAAUCGAAGUGAAGAAUCCGCAGACCCAUGGCUUUGGUCGCAAGAUGUAUACCGAUUACGAGAUCGUUUGCAGGACGAAUAUUCCCGCAUUCAAACUCAAGCAAUCCUCGGUACGCCGACGAUACAGUGAUUUCGAAUGGUUCAGAGAUGUGCUGGAACGCGAGUCAACCCGUGUGAAUAUCCCACCGCUUCCAGGCAAAGUGUUUACGAAUCGAUUUGCGGAUGAAGUGAUUGAACAACGAAGAGAGGGUUUGGAACGCUUUUUACAAAUUGUGGCUGGUCAUCCGCUCUUGCAGACAGGCAGCAAAGUCUUGGCCGCAUUUAUCCAGGAUCCCAACUUCUCCCGCGAUACGUACAACUACUAAAAAAAAAGAAAAAGAAGGAAACGAGUAAAACGGAGAGGAUGGCCAUCACACAUAAUAUUCAAUACGCACGCGACACACACACACACACACGCCAUGCUUGAGAACUCUUGGAGAUUUUUGAUGGGGGAGAGACACCAGGUGUGUAGCAAGUAUAUGUCUUCUUCCCCGGGCACAUAUUUUUACCCUUAACCAUCCAUAUACGCCACCCUAUCAAAAUGAUGUUGCUUACCACUACUACUACUACUACUACUAGUUCUUGACUAUAACUAUAUACUUUAUACACACCGAAUAUACAUGUGUCCCCAACCCUCC